AUAGUGAAUGCAUGCUCUCCAAAAAACCAGUCCUUUUUUCUCACUCUUUUUUGCCAAACCAGUCUAUUGAUGUUUUGUAGUUGUGAAUAGAAUGUUUGGGAGUGAAUAAGUUGACAAAGAAGUCUGUUUUGUUCCUAUGAUUGGCAUUUUUUGAGGUCCGCAAACAGCCAGUAGUCGCUGGAAGUCAAAUCUAGUGAAUACGGUGGAUGACGGAGCAAUUCGAAGUUCAAUUCUUGUAAUUUUGCCAUAGUUUCAAUCGACUUCUGACACAGUGCGUUUUCUCGCUGGAACAAUGUUUUCCUCCUUGCCAUAUGAGGCAUACAGAAUGUUGUCGAGAAAACACCUAGCCAUGCUGACAUUCUUCUGUGGAAUGUCCAUCUUCUGCAUCAUAUUCGGCAUCCUGGUCAUCAUUCUCUGGUGGGUCCUUCACGAUGCCAUUCUACGCAGCCAGUUGGUACUUAAACCGGGAAAUACCGCUUACGAUGUGUGGAUCAAAAAUCCUGUGCCUUUGACCCUCAAAUUCCACAUGUUCAACUGGACAAAUCCCGAAGAUAUAUAUAAUACUUCCACAAAACUAAAGUUCCAGGAACUAGGACCUUAUGUCUACAGGGAGACCAAGGAGAAGGUAAACGUCACGUGGAAUGCUAAUGAAACGGUCACAUUCAGGACUGUAAAGACGUGGUGGUUCGACCAAGAAAGUAGUAACGGCAGUGUCCAUGAUGCUUUCACAACUAUCAACCCCGUAGCAUUGAGUGCAGCUUUCGUUGCAAGAAACUGGCACUACAUGAUAAAGAAAGGACUUUCCGUAUCUCUCAGAUCUUUGAUAGAUUCAAUUGCAAUCACUCAAUCAGUAGGAAAAGUCCUCUUCACUGGAUAUGAGGAUCCAUUGAUGACCACGGCUUCCAAAAUUCCUUUCCUCUCGCUGAAAAGUCUGCCUUUCAAGGACAAGUUUGGAUGGUUUUACGGUAGAAACGGUUCAGAGAAUUAUGAGGGAGUUUUUGAAAUGGAUACCGGAUUCUCGGGCCACUUAGGUGAAUUGAGGUCAUGGAAUUAUGCAAAAUACUCCAGCUUCUAUCAAGGAGAAUGCGGGGGAUUGAAAGAUUCCUCUUCCGGAGAGUUUUUCCCCAGAGAACUGACCAAGGAGAGUAUCAUCAAACUGUUUUCUCCGGAUCUAUGUAGGUUCAUGGAACUGGAGUACGAGAAAGAAAUAGUUAUCAAUGGCGUCGUUGGAUACAAGUAUUCUGCUGGACAGAGAUUUCUGGAUAAUGGAACCCUGAUACCUGAAAACAAAUGUUUUUGUGAAGGCGACUGUAUGCCUUCAGGAACUGUAAACGUCUCAACUUGUAAAUUUGGAUCACCAGCGUUUGUAUCGUUACCUUAUUUUUAUAAAGCUGAUCCAUAUUACAUCAAUAGUAUUGAAGGUAUGACACCAAGUGAAGAAAAGAGUGAUUUUUUCCUCGUGUUGGAACCAAGAACUGGGAUACCUCUACAAGUAGCUGCAAGACUUCAACUGAACAUGCGCCUCCAAUCAAUAGAGGAAAUCCGUAUGUACAACGAUGUUCCAACAGUAUUCAUUCCAGUAUUAUACUUCGAACAGACCCUGACCAUACCAGAGAAUAUGACAUAUAUGUUGAAGAUUCUGCUCAAUCUCAAGUAUAUCUGCAUGGCUAUUGGUAUCCUCUGUAUCUGCACGGGAGUCCUCGUUUCUGUCUGCGUGAUAUAUAAAAUCAUCACUAUAAAAUCAGGCCCAAUGAGGAGAGUGGAAAUGAGAGUGAAAGUUAAAGAAGAACAACCCCUCAAUCAAUAAUUCAAACUCUUCUAUGAUUCCAUCAGGAGGAAAGGUCGAUAUCUUGUGAUAAUUACUAGUAGAUAGAUCGCGAUCCAGAGUUACUCUUGGUUGGAUGAGUUUAGCUCUCACUUUCCAAUCAUGAUGUUUCUGUGUCAGUUAGGACCUCCUGUUGAGAGAUACUGAAGCAAUUAAUUUGACUAUAACAGGGAAUAGAGAUCAGAAAUACGAUCGAAAGCUGCGAGAUCUAUAUAUUUUCUAUACGAAGGUGAAACAAUUCUUCCCCAACAAAUAAACAUUAUUUCUUCUUCAUUUGUGACUCCCUGUUUGGAACAUUUGAUGCGGUAAUGAAUAUCACUGGAUUUUUUCCAACACCAAACCGUUAUU